GUUUCUCCCCUCAGGUUUCCUGCAACUUUCACCCAGACGAGGUCUGCGGUGUGCAGCUGCCUCUGCUCUCCUGAGGACAGCAAGGAUGAUCCAGUAGGCAGCCGCACCGGGCAGCAACAGGGCUGACCCCUGAAGGAUGAACGGGGAGGAGGAGUUCUUCGAUGCCGUCACAGGCUUUGAUUCUGAUCACUCUUCCGGGGGAUUCUCGGAGACAAGUCCAGUCCCGGGAAUGAUUGAUGUGGACACCAGCAGGAGCGGGAAAAGUGGGGAGAAUGGAAUUCAAAAGCACAGGACGGCACUGCCUGCCCCCAUGUUCACGAGAAGCGAUUUCAGCGUGUGGAGUAUACUGAAAAAGUGCAUCGGCCUGGAGCUGUCCAAGAUCACAAUGCCAAUCGCCUUCAACGAGCCCCUGAGCUUCCUCCAACGGAUCACCGAGUACAUGGAGCAUGUGUACCUCAUUCACAGAGCUUCGCGCCAGUCCCAGACCCUGGAGAGGAUGCAGUCUGUAGCUGCUUUCGCCGUCUCGGCAGUGGCUUCCCAGUGGGAGAGGACUGGCAAACCAUUCAACCCGCUCUUGGGUGAGACAUAUGAGUUGAUCAGGGAAGAUUUAGGGUUCAGAUUUAUCUCUGAGCAGGUCAGCCACCACCCUCCCAUUAGUGCCUUUUAUUCAGAAGGCCUCAACCAGGACUUCAUGUUCCAUGGCUCCAUCUACCCGAAGCUGAAGUUCUGGGGCAAGAGUGUGGAGGCAGAGCCCCGGGGGACCAUCACCCUGGAGCUGCUCAGACAUAACGAAGCCUACACCUGGACCAACCCCACCUGCUGUGUACACAACGUCAUCCUUGGGCAGCUGUGGAUCGAGCAGUAUGGCACAGUGGAGAUCCUGAACCACAGCACUGGAGACAAGUGUGUCCUCAACUUCAAACCCUGUGGGCUGUUUGGGAAGGAACUGCACCGAGUGGAAGGGCACAUUCAAGACAAAAAUAAGAAGAAGCUGUUUAUGAUCUAUGGCAAGUGGACAGAAUGCUUGUGGGGCAUAGAUCCUGCUUCCUACGAGUCCUUCAAGAAGCAGGAGAGGAGAGGCGACCACCCAAGGAAGGCCAGGCUGAACCCUGGCUCUGAGAAAGCAGACAGCAGCGUGGACGGUGACAUGGCGGACGACAUGCCCGUGGCUCAGGAGACUGUGCAGGUCAUUCCCGGCAGCAAGCUACUCUGGAGGAUCAACAGCCGGCCCCCACACUCUGCCCAGAUGUACAACUUCACCAGCUUCACUGUAAGCCUCAAUGAGCUGGAGGCGGGUAUGGAAAAGACCCUGCCACCCACAGACUGCCGCCUGCGCCCCGACAUCCGUGGCAUGGAGAAUGGCAACAUGGAUCUGGCCAGCCAGGAGAAGGAGCGGCUGGAGGAGAAGCAGAGAGAGGCCCGCAGGGAGCGUGCCAAAGAGGAGACUGAGUGGAGGACAAGAUGGUUUUACCCAGGCGACAACCCCUACACUGGGACUCGUGACUGGCUAUAUGCAGGGGAUUACUUUGAGCGGAAUUUCUCAGACUGCCCUGACAUCUACUGAGGGCUUAGGGCCUGCCGGGGGCCAGGCUGGAUCCCGGAGCGGCCGCUCCUUCGCCACGGCGGAGAACAGCUUCUUCCACCAAGGUCGUGGAGGUCAGGGCCUUGUCCCUCCUCAGGGCUUCGUUCCGGUGACCUCUGCCUGCCCGCCCCUCACUGUGUCACAGUCCCCCUGAGGCUCCACCAGGGCCCUGGCGUCCGCCGAGGUCCACGCACGGACAGGUGUGUGGGGCUGAGCUAGCCGCACACUGGCCACAAGAUGCGUGACUCAAGGAAGAAGCAGGAGGCCCCUGCACUCGCAGUUUCUAGAAGCUGGGUUGACAAUGGUUGACUGAAAAUGGAGUGGAUCUGGAAAGAUCCGGGGGCCGGGGCCGCUGCAGGUACAGCAGCGGGAGGCAGCGUCCGGGCCCCCAGGACAGGAAGCAAAAAGUGGUCAGAGUCUGUAUUUUUUCCUAUCCUGAGCAAUGUAAAGAUGGCUUCUAAAGUAUUUAAGUUAAAA